CCCGCUCGCCCCCGUUCGGCCCACCUCCUUCGGUCGUAUGGGCGUCCUCGAGCACGACGAUUACGCCGGCAAGCUGCUGUACCUCCACAGCAGCCAGUCCAGCUCGCAGCUCGUCAUCGUGGCGCAGAGAAAGCUCGAGACGCAGCUGGAGAGCUACAGUGUCCCGUUCGUGAAGAUCGACGGCAUGGAACUUGAGAAGAAGGAGGUUCGAAAGGCGAUCUGGGAAAUGUCCGACCAGAAGCCGGGCACGUAUCCCAUCCUCGUCGACAUGGUGAACGGGAAGUGCUACGCGGGCGACGACCUUCAGGCUUCGCAGGACACGGGCAGCCUGCAGACCGCGCUGACGACGUCGUAUGGCAGCAGCGCGUAGUUCUCGACUAGCCCUCCUAGCCUUCAGUGGGAGAGGAGGGGCGACCGCGCGACCACGUCGCUCAGGCGUGGGGAAAAGAGGCUCGCCCCCCAAACAGUACCUCUCCCGCACUUCUCUCUGGUCUCUUAGCACCUCUAAUGUGCGCGGCCUCUCCUGCCACUUGCCGCUCCUCUCUGCUCCUACCUACAGUACGUAUUAAGGUCCGUUUUGGUACCGUGGCAGAAAUUGUUCAAAAAUGGUC